GAGAAAGAGAGAAAGAGAGAGAGAGAGAGAGCAGGCAUCAUGGCAGUGCUCGCUGCAUCAUCACGACACAUGGGGAUGUUUGGCUGCUGCUGCUGGUGAACACUGUGUGAUGCAGAGGAGACAGCCGAGGACUUCCUGGAAACCAAAGGAGAGCCGAGGAAACAGGUGCGGCCUGUGGGAGGAGCCUCAUGAUGAGUGGGAUCCUGAAGAGGAAGCUUGAGGAGGGCCCGCCCCCUUACCUGUCCCUGCAGGGGUCCGACGAUGAUGUUUCCUGCAGCGACAGCGGCAACAGCAGCGACAGCCUCAACCACCCGGUGCCCUCCGGCCUGCUGGACUCUAAUCUCCAGCAGCAAUCGAAGCGACUUCGGGGCCGCAACGUGCACUUUGAGAGCGUGACGGUGUACUACUUCAACCGGCGGCAGGGCUUCACCAGCGUGCCCACGCAGGGCGGCAGCACCCUGGGGAUGUCGCCACGCCACAGUGGCGUGAGGCGCUUCACGCUCCGGGAGUUCGCCAUGGAGCAGAAACGGAGCCACCGGAACAUGUUGAGGGAUCAUCUCAAAGAGGAGAAACUCAACUCCAUCAAGCUCAAACUGACUAAGAACGGCACCGUCUCGUCCGUGGAGGCCGACUCUCUGACGCUGGACGACAUCUCAGAAGACGACCUGGACGUGGACAACACGGAGGUGGACGACUACUUCUUCCUGCAGCCUCUGACCACCAGGAGGCGCCGCACCCUGCUCCGAGCCUCGGGCGUCCGGCGCAUCGACGUGGACGAGAAGCACGAGCUGCGAGCGCUGCGGAUGUCCCGGGAGGAGUGUGGCUGCCGCUGCCGGGGGAUCUGCCACCCCGAGACCUGUGCCUGCAGCCUGGCCGGCAUUAAGUGCCAGGUGGACCGCAUGUCGUUCCCGUGCGGCUGCACCAAAGACGGCUGCAGCAACAACACGGGUCGCCUGGAGUUCAACCCGGUCCGAGUCCGCACGCACUUCCUGCACACCAUCAUGAAGCUGGAGCUGGAGAAGAGCCGAGACGAGCAGCAGCACCAUCCUCAUCAUCCUCAUCAUCAUCACCAGCAGCAGCAGCCAGAGCAGCAGCAGCAGCAGCAGCAGCUCGUAACCAACGGCAACGGUUACCAUGGCGACUCCUCUUCCUCCUCCUUGGUCCAGCAGCAGCAGCAGCAGCAGCAGCAGCCGAACCUGCAGUUUCCUCUGAUGAGUGGCACGCCGCCGCCGCCGCCGCCGCCACACAUUCCCAUCAUGCACCUCACACAGAGCACAGAGGACAUGGACUCACAUGAUGAUGAUGAUGAUGAAGAGGAGGAUGAGGAUGAGGAGGAUGAUGAUGAUGAGGCGUACGAGGAGGACGAGGACGGCAGCAGCGUGUGCAGCGGGCUGUCAGACUGCAGCACACACAGCUUAGACACACAGGACGACGAAGAAGAAGAAGAAGAGGAAGACGAGGAGGAUGAGGAGGAAGAGGAGGAGGAUGAGGAGGAGGAAGAGUGGGAGUGCUCGGGCCCCCCGCCCUACUCGGUGCCCCUCCCCUCGGUGCUGAGCUACUCCAGCCUGAGCCUGGGGAACCCGUUCCACAGCCCGUUCCACCCGGAGCGAUCCGAUUCGUUCCCGGGAGAAACCGUCACGCUGCCCACCGUGGAAACCGCGCUGGAGUCCGAGAUAAACCCCAAACUGCACCAGCACUUCCCCCAGACUCUCUCACAUGUGGACCCCCGUGAGGGGAACACUGCCCCCGCUGGUGCAGCCGGGGAGCUGCAGCUCUGCACGGACCUCCACAACAAUCCAGACCUCCUCCAGGACUCACAGACUGAGGAGGACGAGGAGGAGGAGGUGAAGGAGGAGGAGGUGAAGACCCAAUCAGAGCCAAUCAGAGACACGAUGGACGUUUCAGAGACGGUUUAG